GAGAGAGCGCGUGGAGCCACCGGAUUUCUGCGUCUCGGUCGAUUUGUUUUAUUUUGGCGCACGCGGGUGGCUGGAUGGCGUGGGACCGGGGACACCAGGACUCGGUGUGGAGAGACAUAGAGUGCGCUGCCCUGGUAGGUGAAGAUCAGCCCCUGUGUCCUGACCUGCCCGAGCUGGACCUAUCAGAGCUGGACGUGAGUGACCUGGACGACAGCUUCCUGGGCGGGCUCAAGUGGUACAGCGACCAAUCGGAAAUCAUCUCCAGUCAGUACGGCAAUGAGCCCUCCAACCUGUUUGAGAAGAUAGACGAGGAACAGGAGGCUAACCUGUUGGCGGUGUUGUCAGAGACGCUGGACAGUAUUCCGGUGGAUGAGGACGGUCUUCCCUCCUUUGAUUCGCUGGCGGACGGAGAGGUGCCCCGCGCUGACCAAUCAAACCACAGCUGCCCUCCAAGCCCCGCCCUCUCUCCACGCUCUCCUGAGACAGAGGAGCCCUCACUGCUCAAGAGGCUGCUGCUGGCUCCAGCCCACUCCCAGAUCAGCUACAGCCAGUUCCCUCCAGCUACAGCCCCCCAGCAUGCCCUCAACCAGCGGAGACACACACACACAACUCUCAAGGUGGAGCAGCCGUGGCUGGGGAAGCGAGGGUGUGUGUCCAUGAGACGGCCGUGCACCGAGCUGCUGAAGUACCUGACGACCGUUGAGGAGGCGGUUCCCACGGCAACCGUUGCCACGUCCUGCUCCUCGUCCUCGUCUCCUUCCUCCCUGUCCUCCUUCAGGUCCUCUUCCUCCUCAUGCUCCGCCUCUAGCGGCUCCUCGUCCUCCUCCAGGAAGAAGUCCUCCUUCAGGUCCUCUUCCUCCUCAUGCUCCGCCUCCUCUCCGCUUGGCCACGCCCACCUGCUGCCUCAGAGAGCCAAGCCACGCCCCCUGCCUCUCCCCCUGACCCCCGAGUCACCAACGCACAAGGGAUCUCCGCUUGAGAGCAAAGCCAUUGAACGCACACUGAGUGUGGAAAUAUCUGGAACCCCAGGACUGACUCCCCCCACCACCCCUCCCCAUAAACUGCGCAGCCCAGAGAAUCCUUUCCCCGACUCCAGCCUGCCUGUGGUUUGGCGGGGGAGUGUGUGUGUGUGUGUGGGUGUGUGUGUGUGUGAGAGUGCUCCAGCCGUGCGUGAGGGGUGUGUGUGUGUGCGUGUGUGUGUGUGCGCUCCUGUUCCCCCACGCCGCCCCCCCCAGCAGACGGCACUCUACGCGCACCUGCGCAAAGACGAUCGUCGUGGCAACAAGCGCCCCGCCCCCCGUGGCUAUGGCGACCAUGACUACUGCCAGGCCACCAGCGCCAAGCAGCACACCAGCGCCACCGCUGUUGCCACGACGACCGCACGCACCACCGCUGCCAUGGCAACGGCUGUAGCCCUCUCCCCACACCCCCCCACCCCCCCUCACCCCUCUGACCUCCCGACCCCAGGCCACGCCCACCCCGCCAGAGCUCCGCCCCCCAGGCACCAGGACGUCCGUGCAGAACUGGACCGACACUUCGGCCGCCGCCCCCAGCAGCAGCAGCAGCAGCAGCAGCAUCCUCCACACCAGCAGGCGCUGGUGUUGAAGCCUCCACGGCAGCAGGGGGCACUGCAGGCGCUAGUGUGGAGCCAGGAGGAGGAGCUUAGAGAGGAGGCGGAGCUACUGUGGAGCCAGCAGGAGGAGUCGGUCCCCGGGGGAGAGGAGGGGCUAUACUGUGAGCUGGGCGGGUACGGGUGUCUGGAGGAGGGGCCAAAAAAGGAAGGGGAGGAGCUGAAACAGGAAGAGGGGCUGGAACCGGAAGAGGAGGGGCUGAAGGAGAAUAAGGAGGAGCUAUCCUGUGAGCUAGAACAGGAAGAGGAGGAGCUUAACCAGGAAGAGGAUGAGCUAUACUGUGAGCUGGAACAGGAAGAGGAGGAUCUUAACCAGGAAGAGGAGGGGCUUGACUGUGAGCUGGACGGGCUGGGGUGUCUGGAGGCCCCAGAGCUGGGGGCGGGGCUAAAGGAGGGGGCGGAGCUCUACUCCUGGGAGGAGGAUGAUUGGCAGCUGGACCUGCCCUUUGAGAACUCCGCCUCCUACACGCCCCCACACACACUCUCACCCGCCCACAGAGCCUCACGCUCACGCUCGCCACACAACAAACACACCUCCUCAUGGUCUCGUUUCGGUUCGGACCUCAGCUUGAGCAGAUCCAGGUCCCGUAAAAGCCCACAGUCCUACAGCAGACGCCCACGGUUCAGCUAUGGGGAGCAACAGCAGGAGUUCCAUUACGACCAGCAGCAGCACCAGCGUCACACACACCAGAGAGAACACCAGCGCCAACAAGCAAUAGAGGAGAGGCGGGUGCUGUACGUGGGCCGUCUCCGUCCUGACAGCACACACUCCGAGCUCAAGCGGCGCUUUGAAGUGUUCGGGGAGAUCGAGGAGUGUGCCGUCAACCUCCGACACCAUGGGGAUAACGUUGGCUUCAUCACGUACCGCUACACCUGUGACGCGUCGUCAGCGCUGUGUCUGGGACACACACUUCAGCAGGAGGGAGAACACACACCCCAGAUGGAGCUAGACUCCCACUCAGAUGACUUUGGCCCCGCCUCCUCAGAUGACUUUGACCCCGCCUCCUCCAAGAGCAAGUACGACUGCAUGGACUUCGACAGCCUGCUGCAGGAGGCGCAGAGCAGCCUGAGGAGGUGAAGAGGAGAAGAGGAGGUGAAGAGGUGGAGAAGAGAAGGUGUAGAGGAGGAGAAGAGGAGGUGAAGAGG